AUGGUUGGUAAUCCGAGGUCCGAGUUGGCUUCAAGCAUUACAGAGGGGUCAUCUUUGACUGCUGCUUUUUGUAACGGGCAGCGUGGAUCAUAUUCUGGUGCCAGUUUGGAGAGGUCUGGAAGUUUUCGGGAGAGCAUAGAUAGCCGUGUGUUGUCUUCAGGGGCUGGAGGCAACAGGACUACUUCUCCAGUAACUGCAGCAGAGAUUCCAUCACCAUCCCAGUUUCUUAUACUGGAUUUUCUAUCCCUGGGAGAUCAGAAGUACUCUCGUGCAGGGGAGUUGAGGAGGGUCAUUGGAGUUUCUCCCGAAGAUCAUUCAUUUGGAAUUGUCCAGUCUAAGCCGCUGACUCCAGCGGCAGCAGAGGAACUAAAGCGAUUCAAGGCUAGUGUCUCAGAGACCACUUCUAAAGCCAGGUCGAUUCCGUUCGUUUCCAUUGCUUUUCUUUUACCUAUGAUGGCCAUAUGUACUCGACACCUAAACUAUGCUUCUACAAUUGGUGUUCAAGAGAUCCUUGUGCCGUUUUUUUUCCACAUAUUCCGAUCUAACAUCAUUAAAAUAAGUCGUACAACUACACCCUCUCGUUGAAUAUUCCCUGUUAGAAGCGACAGAUAUCAGUUCAAUUGUCGAAAACUGUGGGAAAUCCUUGCACUGUUUUUUGCUGAGGCUUUAAUGUCUGUUGACCAGGGAUAGAACAAGGUUAUUGCUGGAGUCAAUCACGAAACUGGAUAGGUAUCGCGGUCUAAUAUCUAGGAAAAGACAAAGGAGUGAUAUUUCAUCAAGUGAGAAGUCAGGAAGUGCAAACUUAAUGAAGAUGGGAAGUCAGAUCCAUCAGAGCCCUUCUGAUCUUGCUGCUCAAAGACUUGAGGAGAGAUCCAAGAGUACUGUCCCAAACAAGCGUAUGCGCACCUCAGUGGCGGAAGUACGGGUUUGUAUUUUUGCCUAGUUUGAAUUAGCUACGUCUGAUUUGUUUAAUAUGCUUGUUAUUUGAAUGCCAUCUGCCCAUGAAUUCUCCCUAGACCUGAGGACUAGGAACACUAUAUUAGUCACUCUCUCUUGUGAUCUGAACUGUUUGUGUUCUCCUCUAAAUUCUUCCUGCAUGCUGUAUAUUUCUUUAUCAUGCAGUAAAUGCUUUUGCCAUACUUUUCCUUCGGUGAUACGGUUGACACUUUCUGGCUAUCUUUUUGUCAUUUAAGCUUGGUGUGGGUUGGCCACCUCAUAAAUUUGUUGAUUACCUUAUACACUUUUUUGGUUUAUUCGAGGAUGUGGGCCUUUAUUGCUAAUCGUGAGAUCAUGUAUCUAUUUAUUGUUUCAGGCUGAAGGACGUGGUACUGUUCCACUGAGGCAAGGUCCUCCUGUAGAUAAGGAGAAAAAUACCCUUGUGGAUAAAGACAAGAAUAUGCUCAGGGCAUGUAACGGGAGUUUAAUGCCCGCUGAAGACAAGAUCCGGGUGCUUCCUGGAGGUGAAGGAUGGGAUAAGAAAAUGAAAAGAAAACGCUCUGUGGGUCCUUUAGUUGCUAGACCGAUAGAUGGUGAUCGUGACUUCAAGUCAUCAUCGCAGCAAAGGCUGAACAUAGAAUCUCGUGCUCGACCCAGUGAUGGUCUCAGUUUCAGGUGUGUUCAUUUAAGUUUAAAUUUAUGCUUUGUUAUGUGGACCCAGUCGUUUGCCUGAUUUGUUGAACCUGCUCCUCUGUGUUCUAAAUCUUUUUUGUGACAUCCUGGGAUUUUUUGACUCAAUCAGUUAACCAAGUUGUUUCUCCCCGUUCAUUGUCAGUAAGCAGUGAUGGCUGUCGGUUAGUUAGGAAAGUUCGUCUGUUUGCCUAAAACACAGAGGCUUUGCUGUAUUAUAGUGUUUUUGGCGCUUCACUUGGCGUUUACAAUUAGAAGCUAAAUUUCGCUAUCUUAAAGGUGAGAUGCUAGUGGGGAGAUAUGAUAGCAAUGUGUGCAUACUUAACCGUUUUUUGAGGUGGUCAGAGAAGAUGGAUGGUGUAUGAGAUUCUCAUUUUUAUUGAUGUGGGAAGUUGAAGGCUUAAAGGAUGGGCUAUAUAUUCUUCAUACCCCACGCAGAGAAGGAUGGGAUGCCAAGUCUGGGACGUAUAAUCCGUAGGUUUUACCAAGAUUUGUGGGCAAUCAAGCUGCGUUAACAUUUUCAGGCUCCUAUGUCAAAAGAUUUUAGGCAUCAAACGACCUUUCUGAACUAGUUUCACUUCAACAAUUGUCUAGCUCCUACUCUCCAGCUUGUUUUCAUUGGUUUUAGGUUAGGACACUUUAGAGAAUCCCAUUCAUUUUGAGAUACCUUUUUUAUGGAAUUUUCACCAUUGAUGGAACUCCAGAAAUGGAAACUUAGAGAGGAAGGAAAAUAAAAGAGUAAAGAAAGAAGAGAAGGGUUGAAGAAGAAGGAAGGAGACUAAAGGAAGAAUUGACCCGUAUCCACCAGUUGCUGGGACAUUUUCCUCCACUAGCUAAGUGAAGUUCUCUGCCUUCCGUAGAAGAACAUGUGCAAACAGGAGUAGAGGAUCAAGGCGACUGUGCUUAUGAAGAGUGAAGUUUUCACUUAAAGUCCCCAUUUUUAGAUCUUUAAGUUGCAUACAUGCACAUUCCUUUCAACUUUAAAAUGUCGUUUCUAUGCAGUUUGAGGUAGUGAGUUUCGAGUCAGAUUGUUGCAACGAAUAUUAGUAAAAGAGUUUUGAUCAAUUCGCAUGUACUCUGACCUUAGAAGUUUUGAUCAAUCCAUGUGAUGGCCAACGCAGCCAUUCCUAUGUCAAUUUGAACUCAAUAAUCCAAGAUCGGUGCCAUUUGCUACAUGUUGGCAGAGUGAAACAACUUUGGGAAACCAUGGAAACUAUUUAGUACGUGGAUGCUAGAGAUAUACCAGGAUAUUUCUUGUGGUCAUUAGAUGUAAUAAAUUGUGGUGUCUGAUGCCCUUUUAGAGAGAUUGGAACCAGAAAGAUCUAUGUUUCAUGAGGAACACAACUGGGAGAGAAAAUUCCCCACAUUCAAGUGCUGUAUUCGAGGGGAAUUCACUGGUUCCAACUGCCAAGAGUUUGAUCACGUUUAGAUUAAUGCCCACCAUCUUGUUCUUCUCCACGAGCCAAUGCAGGCAUGAGAAGUACCAAGUUAUAUUUUUAACUCUAGAACUUGAGACAGUUGUAAUAACUAAUGAACAUUUGUCUAUGGUGAUUUAAAGUGUCUCCCCUGGAACCCUUCACGGAGUUUUGGUCUCAAGAUCAAGGCUCCGCUGGAAACUGGCAUAUUUUCCCCUUCUUUUUCAUACUUUUUGGUAGUAUUUUGUAUCUUUGACUUUUAUUGUCUGCGAUAUACGGUAAUUGAAGCUUCUAACUGUUAUUUGGAAGGAAGGUUACGCUGACUCAGUUCUGGAUAGAAAUUUGAAGGGUUGAUAAUCAAUACUUAUCAUGCCAACUGAUUUGCUCUCAUGACCGUUUCGGCUGAAAUUCGCCAACCCAGAUAAUCUUCGUUUGUUAAGAGUAUAUGUUAUUUUGCUGAACCCAGUGCAUAUUAAGUUAUUUUUCAGGACCCAUAAAUUGAGUGCCCGUACUUGGGUUACCACUAGUUAGCUUGAUAUGGCAGACCAUGUGCGAAUGGGCAAAUUCUGCCAUCUGGCAAAGCGUCUGCUGUCUCAUGCAACAUGGUGUUGAAAUCGUUUAUCCUUUCUUUGGUUUUGUGUCGAUGAAAAACUUGUAUCAAGAGUAAGCAGCUUUUUUGAAAAUUCUUCUUUUUUUAAAAAUGAAAUCCAUUUUUUUAAUUCCCCUGUGUCCUGAUAUGAUGAUUGUCCUUCCUGCCCUCAAUUAUGGUUUAGAUUUUCUCUCAUAUUUUUUGUCCAUAUUUUUCAAAUGAAUCUCCUGUCCUUCUCAUUCGAUUUCUCAUGAACUGUUCAAUUCUUGCAGGCAAGGCUCAUCUGGAGUUACUGGAACUAACAAGACUGAGAGCAGUUCUCAACCAAAUGUCCCUGGUAACCGUGCAAUUUCGAGGGGUGAGUUUGAUAACGCAUCUCUUCCAAAUGAUCGAAAGGAACGUUUAGGUGCGCUGGACAAGGAACGAGGCAUAGCAAAAGGAGGCAACAAGUACGUCGAUUUUAUCUUUAUUCCUUAUUACAUAUAUUGAUUUCAUGUAGAGCUAGCUAUUGUUUCCUAGUGGUGAAAGGUUCUGUUUAAUCACGCUAAAAAAUUAUGUGAUGAAUCCUUUGCAAUUUCUGAUCCAGUUUUGUUGUAUCGAUUCCUAAUAUUUGAUUCCUCCUUUUUCAAGGUCAAGCAUUCGUGAAGACAGUCAGUUAGGAAGCCAAAGCCCUUUGACAAAAGGAAAGGGAUCUCGGGGUCCGCGAACUGGUUCCAGUGCCAUUAUGAACUCAUCGUCCAAUUUUCAAAGAACACCUGUAGGUAUUGAUGGAUGGGAUCAAACUUCAUGCUUAAGCAAGGUUCAAUGCGGAAGUGGGGCAAAUAACCGGAAGAACUCUCUGCCUGCUGUAUCCACUUCAUCUCCUGUGACUCAAUGGGGAAACCAACGUCUGUCAAAAAACACACGAACGAGGAGAACAAAUUUGGUUUCUCCAGUGCAAAAUCAUGAUGAACCUAUGAUAUUAGCUGAAGGGGUUUCUUCUGAUGUUGGAGGCAGAGCAGUUGCUGAGGCCACAGGGAUAACACUGUCCAGGAGUUUGAGUAAUACACAGCAAAUAAAAAUAAAACUAGAUAGUGUUCUUUCGCCAUCAACAGUAUCAGAGAGUGAGGAAUCAAUCGCUGUUGAGAACAAGUACAAGGAUAAAGGUGCCCAUACCUCUGAGAUGGAGGAUGGGGUUGUUAGCGCACUCCAGAAAGUCACAACUUCAAUGUUGCCUGCUAAGAAGAAUAGGCCUCCUAGAGAAGAAACUGGUGAGGGAGUUCGGAGACCGGGACGGAGUGGAAGAGGUUCAUCACAAUUUAAAGGAGGGGCUCAUCUAUCAAAAGAAAAGAUGGAAAGUGUAGAUCCAUCACGACCACUACGUAUUGGGAGGCCUAGUUCGGACAUAAGGUGAAAAUUCUUUUCUACUUGAUUACUUUUUUAGUGAGGAGUGGAAGAGCACUGCUAUUAGCAGGAAAGCCCUUUUUUUCGUGUGGUCACUGUAAUGUAUGAGGAUGUUUCCUUUUUAAUGUUGGCGCAGUAAGGUGGGUCGACCUCCUUCCAAAAAGAUGUCUGAACGUAAGAGUUAUGGUCGUCCUGCACAUGUUAUAAACAAUGGCUCGUCUGAACUGACAGGUUGUUUAUUUAAAUAGAUCAACGUGAUUUGAUUUCAGUCUUGUGUCGAAGAGAGGAUAUAUUUAUUCUAAAUUCCUUUGCACUCUUGCAGGUGAACCAGACGAUGAUCACAAUGAACUAUUAUUAGCAGCUGAUUCUGCUCGUAAAGCAAGCAGUGUGUAACCAAUUUCCUCAAUUUUCUUUUACAAUUUGGGCGAAUGUUUACCUGUUUUGUUUUUUUGGAUCUGUUAUAGUGUUACCUUUUUGUGCAGGUCAAUCAUGCUCUAGUUCAUUUUGGACGAAAAUUGAGCAAGUUUUUUCUUUCGCUAAUGAAGACGCCAUCGCCUACUUAAAGCAGCAGGCAUGUGCCAAGUUUCUUUGUGUUUUUGUCAUAUUGCAUUUGUAUGCACCUGACAUCACUGGAUGACACUGUGAACAUUUUUUUUCAGAUAAAAUUUCUUGAAGAUGUGGAUGGAGGUUGCUCUGUAAUGGCAGAUGCUGAUUGCAACACAAUUGUACGGAAGCAAUUUCUUCUUCCCUGAUUUGAUCUCUCAAUUUUCUUGUCAGGAAUUUCAUCCAUUUCAGAUAAUCAUGUGCAUUAUAAGGAAAUUGUUCAUUGGGUUUGAUAUCACGCAUUCUUAUGUCUAGGGUGAACGAGGAGCUCAUCAGCCAUUAUCAUCAACACAGACACUUUCAAAUCCGGAAGGGAUGGAUAACACCAAGCGGAUAGUAUCUGGAAAAUUUGAACCAGAUAGAUGGCUCCAAAAUAUUUUUCCUCUUUCACAAAGGCUUCUUGCAGCAUUCAUCGAGGAAGAUGAAAAUGGAACGAUUGACUAUGGUACCCGACGAGAAGAUUCUAUGCAAUUUGCUAGUGAUUAUGCGUGCCACGUUACCACUGGCCAUGGCAGCUUUGAAGCCAAGAACGCAGAUAAGAUUGUAUCUGAAUAUGAGUCCGAAUUGAGUUUUCUUACCAGAAAAAAUGGUUCUAGAGAUAGUUCAUGCAAUGGAUAUAGCGGCUCCAGCAAUUUUAGAAGCCCAGACAGCCAACCGUUUUCAUACAGUGACGAACCUUUGCAAGAAAACAAUAUUCAUGGAGCUCGUUCUGAAUAUGGACAAGAUAGUAUUGGCAGAGCAUCAGUGAUGGGAUCUGAUAUGUCUUGUUCUACAUUUGAGUGCCAAUAUUCGCAAAGGCGCCUGGAUGACAAGAUUUUGAUGGAGCUACAAAAUAUAGGUUUACUCCUGGAUAUGGUGGUAUGUAGUUUAUUUAUCUCCUCUGUGUACUCUCAAUAAUUGUGGUUGACUCAACAUCUGUUUACAUGAAUGCUGACAACUUGCUGAAUGUGCACUCAGUUUUUCCAUUAUGAAAACGUAAACACGUCCAACUUAGACUGAAUCUUAUUAGUUUGUAUGCUGCUCAAUGGACACACCGCCCUGUCAACAGAUUCCAUUAAAACUCGCGAACUAGUAUGGGUUUUCUCUUCUCAUGGAUAUUGGAUAAUUAAUAUCUAAAACCUUACACAAUGUCUGGGAGGAUUGACUCCUUUGAAGCAAUUUCUUGAAAGGAGAAAAGUUAAUUUUCCCUCAUUUCACCCUCCAACGGGGAUCUUGAAAGGAAGAAAACGGUUCUGAAAAGGGAAGGGAGGAUAACGUGUAUACAGAAAUAGAAUGAUUAUUUUUAACUCCUUACUUUUACAAAUCUCUGCCCUUUGCUAUUGGAUGAUUGUGUCAUUCUUGCAGGAGCUAGUUUCAAGCUCCAUGUUCGUGUUUUCUUCUUUUGAGAAAGUUCUGGUGGCUACAAUAUUGGAAGAAAUCUUAAGCUCCGGAGGCUCGCAUGAUGAGAGUGAUCAUUAUUAGGAGCCACUGGGCCGUUAUUUUAUUUAGUUGCUAAGUCACUCAUGGUAGGCAUAUGUGGGGUAGCUGAGAUCGGGAAGGCAACCCUAGUUGCCUUUAAUGGUGAUUAAAGAGCAUGCCCCUCUGCCAAAGUGGGAUUGAAUUACCUCAAGUUCUGUGAAUCACUUUUAGUUUCAGGGGGUCGGUUUUAGGUAAUUAUAUUGGUAAAGCAUUUCUUAGGCCAACUUGUCAUCAAUCAGUACCUCGCGUCUUCAGCCCUCUACUCCUACAGAGAAUCAGGAUCUUGGGUUUAAAAUGGACUCCUGCAAGAAAACUUCUUGGCAAAACAGUCUUUCUUAUGUUUUCCUGCUUACUGCAUUGUGGAUCACUUCAUGACACCCUUGAAUUGGGGUAGUGGAUGAAUCGAAAAGGCUCAUUUCUGUUUAAUUUUUAAGCCCUUAUUUCUCUAUGUAGCUACACAAGGAAUCAAAUACUCGUUCACUUUUCUUUAGCUCAUAGUAGACAUAUUGGAACAUUUAUUUCAAUCAAUUAGCUCAUGUGAUUGUUUACACUCCUUUGAUUUUCCGGGACCGCUUCUUUAUUUGUCAUUAUUUUAUCAGUUGAACCAUGUAGAUGCUUUGCUCGUUGUUUUUUUAGUGAUCUAAUAUCCUAUGUGAUGCCUCUCUUUUGUAUUCUGCUAAAUCUCCAUUUAUUACUAUCUGGCUAUUUUGAAAAUCUAUUUGAUUUAGUUAUUAUUUUCUUAUGUUUGUCAUCUUCUUAAUCUGUGGUAUGCCACCCCUUCUUUAGCCCGGUCUUGAUGAGGGAGAAGAUGAUGAACUUGAUAGAGAUUUGUCAACACUAAAGGGCAAGCUUUAUGAACAGGUUUUUUUCAUGUCUGCACUGCGUUUGACCCACUGUUUGCAACUUACUCUAAUUUAAAUGAAUAUCUGUAUUUUUCCGUUCCAGAUGAAAAUUAAGAAAGCUCGCUUGUAUCAACUAGACAAGGCUGUACAAAAUGCCAGAGAGGUUAACGAAAGGUACGAUUUUUAUUUUUAAAUUUUUUGGUCUUGCUUUUUUCAACAGUGAAUUGGGCUCUCACAAUUUACCUGUUAUAAAUGUCCAGGAAACUGGAGAAGAUUGCUAUGGACAAACUUGUGGAGAUGGCAUACAAAAAGUACUUGGUAAGUAUCAGAUUCCUUACCCAACUUUUCCCUAGAAUUAGUUACAGGUUCUUGUAUGUAUACUCUGAAGCCUUUAUUCUAUCUAGUAAGCUCAACCGACCUUCUUGUCUAAGUCAUUAAAUAUCUGUGAUCAUUAUUUUGUAUAUGUAGCUGAUGUUCUUCACCAGGGGAUAGUGGAAACUGGUCUCACUGCAUAUCAUUUACAUCUUUAUGAUGAUCUUAAACCUGUAGAAAAUGGCAUGCCCAUAUUUUGUUGAUACGACAAUGACUGAACUUUGGAAAAUUCUUUGGGUGGAAAUUUACGUGCAUAAACUUGGCUGAUGAGUAUUACUUGUUCAGGGUUUUCAGAUAAAAGUAGGUUAUCGUCCGUAGGGAAAGUUAUAAUACUAGAUUUUCUUCGGAGUCUAAAUCGAGGAAACUUAUCCGUAGGCACCAUUCUAUCUCCUAUUGCCAUCACCCUCGAUCAUCUCUUUGAUAGAGUUAUUAGCCACACAGUCUCUACUUGUCUUUAUGCUUAUUUAUCUGUCUUGUUCAUCUCAUUAAUAUUCGAAUCCGUUCUUGCUGCCCUCACAAUUUCUCUUGGCAAGCUGUUGUUUACAAAGAUUUCCUUUCAAUAUAAUAGAUGAUAGGUUGUGGGUUAAUUUUAAAAUUUUAUAUGCCUGAAACACUGUAUUCUGAAUUGAUGCUUGACCCAAUAGGAUUCAUAUUCGUUUGUGGUUUUUCACAGAAACUAAGAUUUAUGUUGAUCAUAGGGUCUGCUGCUUAAAAUAUUUUCAAGUGUCUUCAUUCUAGUCAUUAGUUCAGCAUCAAAAUAAUGUUUCUAACCUCUUUUCUUUGUUAACCAGAUAACAAAACGCUGCUUAUCAACCUAAUUAAGUGAAAUGUUUGGAUUUUUCUUUCCCCCUUUGCAUUGAUUUUCCAUGCGCGGGUCCUGACGGCCAUUUUUGCAGGGGGGUCGCGGAAGUCAUAAGAGCGGAGCCAAUAAGAUUUCUAAGCAAGCUGCCCUGUCUUUUGCCAAGAGAGUCCUGGAGAGAUGUCGGAAAUUUGAGGAUACUGGAUUCAGCUGCUUUAGGGAACCAUCAUUGCGGGAUGCCUUGUUCUCUGUAUCUCCAUAUGAUGCUGCUGAAGCUAAAUCUGUCGACGGUGUCCUUCCAGCAGUGGGCUCCAAUACAUAUGCAGAAGCCCGCAGUUCUCAGCUGGGAGCCCGCCUCGGAGGUAUGAAGAUCCAAAAUCAUCUUAUCAUGCUGAAGAGAGGGAUCCAUAGAGUGCCAUUGCUUUCUUCUAGUCCAAUGAAAUCGAGCUUAGUUAUCUCAGUUUAAUGCUAUGAUCUUUACACAUGGUUGCUACCAUCAUUAUUAUUAUUAUUAUGCUUAUUACCAUCUUGUUAUAUAGUUUGGUCAUGAAAUCUCUGUUUCCAUGUUCAGCUUCUGGUGUGCUGACAAAUACAGCAGCGGAUACAAGUGGAGCUAUGGGGCAUAAGGUCGAGCCAGAUUUGAGUAAAGGGCUGGCAUCUCUCUCAGAGCAAGGUUUUGCAAAGCAGGAAGCGAAUACCAGUAGAGGGAAGAAGAGGGAAGUCCUGCUGGAUGAUGUUGCUGGUGUGACGACUGCUUCAAGGGCGGCGUCGGCGUCGGCGUCAGUUCUUGGGGGGAACCCUCUUCCUGGGGGUGCCAAGGGGAAGAGAAGCGAAAGAGAAAGGGACCAGAAUUCGCUGAUGAGGAAUCCCAAAGCUGGUCGCCCCUCAGUGAGUGGUUUCAGAGGUGAGAGAAAGACGAAGAUGAAGCCCAGGCAGAAGACAGCCCAGCUAUCAUCAGCCUCGGGGACCGGCCUCCUUGGGAGACUCUCAGAGGCACCCAGCCCAGCGGCGCCCCUGCGUGAGUCCUGCGAGGCGGCGAGCAAUGGGAACGAGACGCUGCCGGCCGGCUGCAGCGCCUCGAACUCGUCCAGAGACAUGGAAGUGGGCAUGGGGUUCCCGAACCUGUCACUGGAGUCCAUUGAUGGGUUAGACGUGGGAGCUGACCUCGGGGGACAGGGCCAAGAUAUCGGGUCCUGGUUGAGCGUGGACGACGAAGCAUUGCAGGAUAAUGACCUGAUGAUGGGGCUGGAGAUUCCCAUGGACGACCUUUCAGAGAUAAAUAUGAACUUCUGA